CAUCGUAUCGAGGGGACAAAAAAAUGAAAAAAAGGAACCCGGCCUCCUCAGAGGAAAGGAAAACUGGUCCAGGUUCAUCCCCCUUGGAAUCUAGUCGUCUUCGUCGUUUUAACGCAUUUUCUCCUCAACUCUUCUCGCAUUCUCGCCCUACCUUAUAAAAAAAAAACGCUCGCCAUUUAUAUUUAACCCUCCCUCUGGAAAUUCUGCACCUCCAAAACAAAUUUCAGAAAUUAUUUUAUUGGUUUUUGUUUUCUUUCCCGUCGAUUAUUUUAUAGCCAUUUGAUGGCUGCAUCAUCAUCAUCGUCAAUCACCCUUCGGACGACUUACAAAUCCUGUUCUUGCCGCUGCUUCCGUUGCUGUUUCUGUCGCUGUUUAUGUUGCUGUCAUUCUUAAUCUCUCUCCCGGAAAACCCCAAAUUUGUUUGUGAAAAAGUUUACUUAAUUUCGAAGGUUGGUUCGUGAAAUUUCCGGAAAUUUUCUCAUUAGGAUAGGAUUCUCGGGAUGGAUUUGUCUCACUCGCAGUCGAGUAAUCUCUCACUAGGGUUUCUAACUCACGCUUCGUCCUCACCGGCACCCGCGUCGAAUCACCGGUCGCGAAUCGUCGAUGAUUCCAUUUCCUUCCAGAUAGAUUCGAACUUUCAGGACCCGUCCCAUCCGGUACCGCAGAUUCCGCUUCAAUUGAUGGAGUCGCAAACUGACAAUCAAAAAGAGCAGAACGGGAAAGGUAAUAGAGAGAGUGAGGAUGAGAAGGAAGAGGAGUUUCGGAUUUUAGGCCAUUCGAUGUGCUUCAAGCGGAAACGCGACUCGGGCGAUUCACAAUCCUCCUCGUCUUCUUCGUUGAAGAGUUCUAGGGGGAGCUCCAACGACCUUGAGUCUCGUAGGAAUGCUGUGAGGGCGUGGGGAAAUCAGACUUUACGAGUGGCCGAUCCUGAUGUCUUUGAGAUACUGGAGAAAGAAAAGCAGAGGCAGUAUAAAGGGAUUGAAUUAAUAGCUUCGGAGAAUUUUGUGUGUAAAGCGGUGAUGGAAGCUUUAGGAAGUCAUUUGACGAAUAAAUACUCGGAAGGCUAUUCUGGGGCGAGGUAUUAUGGUGGGAAUCAAUAUAUUGAUGAAAUUGAAACCCUUUGUUGUGAGCGAGCAUUGGCUGCUUUUGGGCUUGAUUCAGAGAAUUGGGGUGUAAAUGUACAGCCUUAUUCCUGUACCUCUGCGAACUUUGCUGUUUAUACCGGUUUAUUGUUGCCUGGUGAUAGGAUAAUGGGGUUGGAUACACCAUCCGGUGGAAAUUCAAGUCACGGCUAUUAUUUGCCAAAUGGGAGGAAAGUCUCGGGGGCUUCAAUUUUCUUUGAAAGUUUGGCAUAUAAAGUGAACCCACAGACAGGUUAUAUAGAUUUUGAUAAGCUUGAGGAGAGGGCGCUUGAUUUUCGCCCCAAGAUACUCAUUUGUGGCGGGAGUUCAUAUCCUCGGGAAUGGGAUUAUUCAAGGUUCAGACAGAUUGCAGAUAAAUGUGGAGCUGUCUUGUUGUGUGAUAUGGCUCAGAUAAGCGGGCUUGUUGCUGCAAAGGAGAGUGUGAGCCCCUUUGACUACUGUGACAUUGUUACAUCGACAACACACAAAAGUCUUCGAGGUCCAAGGGGAGGUAUAAUAUUUUACAGGAAGGGUUCGAAGCCAAGGAAAAGAGGCAUGCUUUUGAAUCAAGGUGAUGGGAGCGAUAGAUAUGAUUUUGAGGAGAAGAUAAACUUUGCUGUUUUCCCGGCAUUGCAAGGUGGACCGCACAAUAACCAUAUUGCUGCCCUUGCCAUAGCAUUGAAACAAGUGGCUACUCCCGAGUACAAGGCUUAUAUGCAACAAGUGAAAAAAAAUGCUCAAGCAUUAGCAUCUGCUCUAUUGAGAAGAAACUGUAGGCUGGUAACUGGGGGCACUGACAACCAUUUGUUACUUUGGGAUCUAAGGACUCUUGGAUUAACAGGUAAUUUUUGACUACAAACAAGGUAACGGCACCCAAUGACAUACACAGCUAUGAUGAAUAAGUGCACCAAGACUAUAACAACUACUAUUCCAGAACAACAGGGAUUAGUUUUCCCCUGUCCGACAUAGGUACUAUUUGGUAGUUUCGAUUGUGAGGACAUGUAAUGGAGUGUCUGUAUGAGCUUGGCUAUACUCUACAGUACAACAUUAUAAAUCAACAUUUGCAUGGAAUAUAAUAUAUAUUUGUGUGCAACAGAAGUGCUUUUAUGUACCAGGAUCUUAUAGUUUCAACUGUGUAUCAUGUUUACAAGGUAAUUUUUGAAUUGUAAAAGUAUCGUUCUUAUGUUGGGACAGGGGGGAAGGAAAUCUCUGUUGUUUUCUUCAGCAUGAUGGUGUAUUUCAUUGGGUCAUAACUGAGUAUGCCAUCGUGUUUAAAAGAAUUGCUUCAAUUGGUACUGAUGAAUUCUUUAUAUCAUUUUUGUCUGUUGUGAACAGCAUUACCAUGAGUUGAUAAAUUUCCACGUAUGCAAGUGUCAUGCUCCAAGUAUACAGAAGGGCAUUCAGCUACCAAAUGCAUUUCCACCCUUCCCAAUUUAGAGCUACGAUUUAGCAUCUGCCUUUUUCAGAUGUUUAUCAUUACGAGUCCGUGCAGGGAAAUAGUGUUAUGUUUCUGAGCAUUUUAGAGCCUUUUUUAAGAAGCAAUUGCCAGCCUAGGUGGUAUUUUAUUAAUAUUUGAUUUCAACAAAAUCCUCAUACUAUUCGCUUCUGAACAGAGUAAAAGAAAGGAUCUCUUCAUCCAGAUUGAAAGUAAAUAAGAUUAUACGGUCUAUUCUGGUUCAUUGAUGUUGCCUCAUCUAAGAGAAUGGUUUCUACCUUCGUGAUGCUUUUGCCAUUGCCUUGUGAUCUCUGUUGCCUGAGGCCCAGAACUAGAGGACUAGUGCUACAGUUAGAGGGUCUAAAUAAUAUGAUUGAUCUCUUUUCUGAAUUCCUUAUUGAUACCACAAGCAACAUAUGUAAAUUUGGAUUUUUUUUUUAAUUUCCAAAUCAACAACGUUCUUGAGUUGUAUGCAUGACAUAGCCUAACCCAUUCUUUUACAUACAAUUUGAAUAUACAUAUUCCCAUUUCACGGUCAAUGUAUGGAAUUUGCCUUAUUAAAGAUUGUAGAUCAUUUUAUUCUCCGUAUACUGAAGGUGCAUGUGGCUCUUAUGCAUUGU